AAGACAUUUGAUCACAACAUCUGGUCGAUAGCUGCUAAACACUCGACAUUCACUUCCGUCAUGAAUACUCAAGUCUGGAUACUAUUCCUCGUAUCGAUUGCAAGUGCCAGUGGAAUAUUCUUCGAAAAGACAACUUCAGCACGAAGAGGGGGAUCAGAGGAUGAUGAUGUUAUAGGCGGACUGAAGCAAUUCUUUGGAUACACACCAGAGGCGGAAACCAGCAGCUUAAACAAAACAACCCACCAAGGAACGGAGCCGACCACGGGCUUUUAUGAUAAUGUGGACACGGCUCUGGAAGAGGCAACAGAUACUGUGGACGGUUUGUGGCAGCAAUUUAAAAAGGGACUUUUCAGUCUGAUGGGCAGUUUCAGUGUCGGCGAUGAUGGCGUUGACGGACAGGUUGCACCCACAAAGGCGACCGUACCGCCUACUCCCGCCCAGCAGGCAACAAAGCCAAUUGCAAAUGAGACGUCUACUGUAACGGAGCCAACUCCCGCGGCGGCUGUCGCUUCAUCAACAACAACAAAAGCCACGGUGGAAAUAAUAGCGUCUACUACAGUGGCGACAAAAACUGCAACAGAAGCAACAUCAGCGGAAGCAACGACCACAAGGGUGACUGCAUCGACGGUGGAAACAACAACCACAUCCCCACCGGCCACCAGCACUGGAGCUCCAUGAGGAGACAGAGACUACAGACUAACCUUCGUAUCGGAUAUUGCUCGUCAUUGUUUGCUUGAAGCCAGCUGAGCUGGAGUAUUUAAAGACAGAGAAAGUAAAUACAGGCACGCAGUAGAAAUAAUCAGCCGAAGUUUUAUUAUUUACCCAAAUGGGGGACCGCUUUCCCCGACCAAGCCAAUUGACAUAUUUAAAGCUACACGCUUAUCACUCUUUAGUCGGCCAUGCCUUCGAAUCGUUGUGGUUUGUCCAUAUUUUUCAUUUCGAUCCAAUUGCUGGGCUUUGUCCUGGCAGCCCCCUCUGAUAACUCCAUGGAUAAUGCCAAUCGGAUUUUCGCCUUUGAUGUCAUAAUGGACCAAUCGGAUCAUUUGCCAGCUGAGCUCCAGCUUAAACUGCUCCAGGAAGAAAGAGAGCAGGAAGAUCUGGAAAUGGUUCGAAUGCAGUUGAUGCAGUUGAAUUUACUGAAACUGCUGAUCGUCUUGGAUAUUCUGAUAGUGUUGUGUCUUUAUUUGUACAUCUGCAAGGCUAGAGAAAAUAACACGGAUGAAAAUCAUAUGAUACUUAAGUGUUAGAAUACCUUUUAAAUAGCUUUUAUAUCUUUAAGGUUUAAGAGCAUUGAC